AACAGCAGGUGUGACUGCUUAGUAUAAUCUGGUGCAGGUUGUCUAGUAAAUCUAAAAUAGGAUUUGAACACUGGCUCAUAUAAAUCCAAAAUUACUCAGUUAUCUUCUGAGAGGUAAAUUACAAGAAUAUCAGAACUCACUUUUUUUUCAGUUUAAAAUAUGGGGAAAGUAGACUCUAAAUGCAAAAAAGAAGGACUUCAAACCAUGUGGUUUCAGACCUGAUUCAGUAAUGUGGCUUGAACACACACCCAAAGAAGGUAUGACAUGCGUCCCUAUGGCCUAAGACGGAGUAUUCGAUGUCCUAAGAAAUAUGGGGAGGCUCUUAAGGAGAGGACAUCCAUGUUGCCCCCAAGUCAUGAUCUGGACUUGGUGUGUGAGCAAAGUGAAGCAGAGCCCCAGAAGCCCCUGGAUGACAGGUAUAUAAGGAACGCUGCUGUUCUGCCAGAUCUCACACUGCCCCAGGGAGACAGAGCACUCUCUACUGAAGAGAGGACCUCCAGCAGUGUGCCAACCAGUCAGCCAGGUCCUCUGAUGAUCCAUGGCUUCACGGUAACAGAGUACCAGAAGACAUAUCAUUCAGUGGUGGAUCCCCUGCUCUUUAGUCCUUGCGGGAAGCUCCCAGCCUACAGUCUGCAGCUGGGGCGUAACAUUAAGGAACAUCUGUUUAAAGAGCUGGCCUACCCAACGCUUCUAAUUUCAGAGAAGCCAAAUGGAAAGGUGGAGGUGAUAGAGAGAUUUUGUGUGCUGCGCCCUACACCUUUCAUAGACGUGGACAUUAAAGGUGAACCACAGUAAUAUUCUCCCACAGACUUUCUAUGUAAUGAACAUGUUGGGUUAAUUUUUGUUUUUUUGUUUUUUUUUGUUCCCCUUGCCAUGUAAUAAGCAAGACGGAUUAAUAUUUCAAAUGUUUGAACAAAAUAUGUUAAAGAAAAAAAGUCAUUUAAUGUUUUGACAUGAAGUUCCUCUUUAUGAACAGUUUAAUAAAGUCAAAUUAUGCAAGA